AUGGCCGCCGGCUCCCAUCGAAGCACCUCGUGUUCGAUCAAGGGACGCUUCUACCACGAAGACGCCCACGAGCGCCUGCGCAACGCAAAGCCGCUCGUGCCCAACACCGUCGCAAGCCGGCUCUCGCGCGCGGGCAGCAGCCGCAACUCGCGCGCCGUGGUGAUUGCCUCGGUCGUGGCCGCCGUCGCCUUCUACCUGUACAACUCGCAGACGUCGCCCGUGACGGGGCGCAGGCGCUUCAACUUCUUGUCGGACGCGCUGGUGGCGCAGGCCUACUCGCGGGCGGCCGAGGCCAUUGUGCGGCAGGUCGAGGAGCAGGGCGGGCACUUUUUGUCCAACUGGGAUCCGCGGACGAUGCUGGUGCAGAGGGUCAUGAAGCGGCUGAUUCCGGUGAGCGGGAUGGAGGACCUGGACUGGGAGGUGCGGGUGAUUGCCGACAGCCGAACCGCCAAUGCCUUUGUCAUCCCCGGCGGCAAAGUCUUUGUCCACAGCGGCAUCCUCAACGUGUGCCGCAGCGAAGACGCCCUGGCGGCGGUGCUGGGCCACGAGAUUGCGCACAACACGGCCUCGCACGCGGCGGAGCGCCUGUCGGCCGCCUGGGUGGGCAACCUGACGGCGGGCAGCCUCUUCUUCCUGGCCGGGGCGCUGCCGGGCCUGGCGCUGUUUGGUCUGUGGAACGUCAUUGGCGGCUACUACCUGCAGGACCUGCUCUUCUACCUGCCCAUGGGGCGCAAGCAGGAGAGCGAGGCCGACUACAUUGGUCUGAUGAUGAUGGCGGAGGCGUGCUACGACCCGCGGCAGGCGGUUGGCUUCUGGCAGAGGAUGGAGACGAUUCAGCGGAUGGGCGGGCACGAAGUUCCCGAGAUGCUUAGCACGCAUCCAUCGAACGAGCACAGGAUCAAAAAGAUUGAGGAGUGGCUGCCGGAGGCGAUGAAGAAGCGCAUGGAGAGCGACUGCAGAACAACAACGGCGUAUGCCGAUCGGUUCCGGGAGGCGCUGCGGAGGCGACGGCCGGUGGUGGUUGAGAUUUAG